AGGCGUAGCGGGCGGCGUGGAUGCUGGCGCACAGCGGCUCCUUUAAGUCCCGGGCGCCGCCCACGCCACCCCGCCUCCGGCCUGGGUUUAGCAGGCUGCGGGGCCGGGGCUGAGCGAUCUGCGAUGGAGCUGCACAUCCUAGAGCACCGGGUGCGGGUGCUGAGCCUCGCCCGCCCCGGUCUCUGGCUCUACACCCACCCGCUCAUCAAGCUGCUCUUCCUGCCCGGUCGCAGCCGGUGCAAGUUCUUCAGCCUGACGGAGACCCCGGAGGAUUACACACUCAUGGUGGACGAGGAGGGCUUUAAAGAGCUACCCCAGUCUGAGUUCCUGCAAGUGGCAGAGGCCACAUGGCUGGUGAUGAAUGUAUCAUCUCACAGUGGUGCAGCAGUGCAGGCUGCUGGAGUCACCAAGAUCGCACGAUCUGUCAUUGCACCAUUGGCUGAACACCAUGUGUCUGUGCUGAUGUUGUCCACAUACCAGACUGACUUCAUCCUGGUGCGGGAACAAGACCUGUCAGUGGUGAUCCACACACUGGCUCAGGAGUUUGACAUUUACCGUGAAGUAGGCGGGGAGCCUGUGCCUGUUGCCAGGGACAAUUCCAGCAAUGGCUUUCCCCGAGCCCAGCAUGGGCCCAGCCCCACGGUGCAUCCCAUUCAGAGCCCACAAAACCGCUUCUGUGUCCUCACACUGGACCCUGAGACUCUGCCAGCCAUCGCUACCACCCUGAUCGAUGUCCUCUUCUACUCACACAGUGUCCCCAAGGAGACAUCUUCAGGUGGUCCUGAGCCAAGUUCCAUCCCAUUCUUCGCUUUCUCCCUCAUUGAGGGUUACAUCUCCAUUGUCAUGGAUGCAGAGACACAGAAAAAGUUCCCCAGUGACCUCCUGCUGACCAGCUCCUCUGGGGAGCUGUGGAGGAUGGUGCGCAUCGGGGGACAGCCCCUGGGCUUUGAUGAAUGUGGCAUCGUGGCCCAGAUUGCAGGUCCCUUGGCUGCUGCGGACAUCUCUGCCUAUUAUAUCAGCACCUUCAACUUUGACCAUGCCCUGGUGCCUGAAGAUGGGAUUGGAAGUGUCAUCCAGGUACUCCAGCGAAGGCAAGAAGGCCUGGCCGCAGCGGGCCCCUAGGGAACAGCAGGCUUCUGGCCCUCCCUUGCCUUGGGCUUUCAGAGACUUCUCUAAGCUAUUUCCUAAAGCUCCAGAAUGAGCCCCUGAUCCUACCAAGGGACCCCUCAUUCUGCUGUCUGUAUGUAAGCUGUGUGGCGCUGGCACUUGUGGAUAUGUGUGUGCACCCCUAGGUGCAGUGGGCAGGUACUGGCCCCAUCAAGUGUCUGCCCACGAAGGACACCCUGGUGCUCGGGGCUUGGGCCCCCAACCCAUCACUUUCUCUGAGGCCUUGGCAUUUGCACGGUCCCUGCCUGAGGCCUGAGCCACCCCUGCCUUGUCCAGCUCAGUCUGGCUGCCCUGGGCUGGAAUCUGAUCUCUGGCCUGGAUUGCCUUCCUGGCCAGGUGAAUUUCCAUAGUGCCUUCCCCUCCUGGGGCUCCCAAGGAAAGUAUUUUUACAUCUCUCUUAUUUUUAUCAGCUGUGUAAAUAAAUCAAAGAAUUGCUAUUGAC